AUGCAGCAAAAGAAUCCAUUACGACACACGCUAUUCGCAGUCAGCGCACUCAUGGUCGCGCUAACCGCGAGUCCUGUGCGCCCACCUCUAGAUAUACAAGCGCAUCGCGGAGGACGUGGGAGUACAGUGGAGAACACACUUCCCAGCUUCGCAUAUGGCGCCAUCAGCGGAGCCAACACGCUCGAGCUAGAUUUCGGAGUGACAAAGGAUGGAUAUGGGGUGGUGUGGCAUGACGAGUAUGUGAUGCCGUCGAAAUGUCUCGAUACAGCGCCUGUCGUUGAGGAAGAUUCCAUGUGGCCAUACGUAGGGAAACACAUUGCGAAUCUCACUCUCGCACAGAUCAAGACACUCGAUUGCGGUAGUCUGCGUCAGAGCGACUUUCCAAUACAGGAGACUUACCCUGGCACUAAACUGUCUACUCUAGACGAACUGUUUGAGUUUGUUGCGUGUUUUGAUAAGUCGGGCGACAUUCAAUUUAACGUUGAAACAAAGAUCAACGCUGCACGAACCAACUCCACAAGAGAUCCCCUUACUUUUGUUGAGGUGCUCUUGGAUAGCAUCGAUAAGCACCAUCUAGGCACGCGCAUCACCCACCAAAGCUUCGAUUGGCGGGCUUUGCAGAUAUCGAAGCAUCUCAGACCACAUCUCAAGACUAGCGCACUGUAUGACGUAACAACAGCAACAAACAAUUCAGCGUGGCUGGGUGAUGGGGAUAUUACAGGUAUAGAAGAUUACAACGGACUUCCCCCUGCCACUGCAGCUGCUUUGAUAGCAAGGGAAAUAGACUCAGAUAUGAUAUCACCUGCGGAAAUAACCACCAACAGCUCAUCGACGCUGUCCUCACCGGAGUAUCACCCAUUCCUCACAGAGGAGGUCGUUCAUGUGGCACACGACUUGGAUAUGCUCGUCAAGCCAUGGACGGUGGAUACACUCAAUGUCGUAGACGAGAUGUAUGGCUGGGGCGUUGAUGGGAUUAUAACCGACUGGCCACAUCAACUUGUCAGAUGGGCUGAGCUGAACAAACUCAACACUGCACGCAAGUUUGAUCAUCAUGUUGUAAACCAGUGUCUCGCGGAACACAACCAGCUUGUAUAA